GGCCGUGUAUGUGUCGGGGAGGCGUUGGGAGACUCAUUUCUUCAGGGGGGGAGAAAACAGUGUUUUCAUCCAAGGUAAGUAGUUUAAGUUGUAUUUUUCCAGUUUUUCUGUUUAUGUAUUUCCUCAGGCUGACCGAGUGUCGCGUUAGGGAAGCAGGCAUGGUUACAGUCAGACGGGCUGGUACUAACGGCUGAAUAACGGUUUUAUAUGAGCGGUCCACGAGCACCGUUCGGCAGAGGUGAUCUCGUUGACUGGGGCUGGUUUUAGGGAUGAUGUUCACGAUGUGACUGUGGUGGACUGGACUUAAAACCUGUUAUUUUACUGAAAGUUUCACCUUGUACGAAUUCAAUUUAAAAAUAUAUUUUGAGUGUUAUUUCUGUAAUCACAUCACAGUGUGUCCAUAUUUAACAGUUGGCCGCUGACUAUAAAUAUCUAUAUAAGUAAGAACCGUCCUAAUGUUUUAUUUAAGAUUGCAAUAUGAAGUUUCAUUAUCUUAUUAUUUGUAUGUGUAAUUUCUGCUUUCCUGAGCACCUUCCACAUAGUUUCUUCCUUAAUUUGGUUGUAGUUGUCAGAAACAUCCUCACUCAAUAAUACCUACUCGUAGUUUUCACAUUUUGAAAGUGUGAAAGUGUGUUAUUUAAAGCUUUUUGCUCUCUUUCUGCAGAUGCCUUUAACCUCCCAUUCAUCUCUUAUAUCUCCUGAAGCAUUUUUAUCUUUCAUUGUAUUGAUAUGUCUUUUGAUAUAUUGCACUUAUUGCUAUAUUUAUUAGUCAAUUACUCAUUUGUUCUCUACAUUGUGUUGUGUUUUGUAUUUCCCAUAUGAUAAACAUGUCAUCAUUUUUUAAACUUUUGUGUCUAUAUUUUGCACAAGAGCAAACUGCAGCGCCUGAAUUCCCCCUGAGGAUGAAUGAAAUAUUUCUGAUUUAAGUGCGUCUUACAGCCUCUCUGUCAUUUCUUUUCAGAUGCAGUUCAUGCUCUUAUUCAGUCGACAAGGUAAACUCAGACUUCAGAAAUGGUAUGUGCCAUUGUCUGAUAAAGAGAAAAAGAAGAUCACCAGAGAGUUGGUGCAGACGGUCCUGGCUCGAAAGCCCAAAAUGUGCAGUUUCCUGGAGUGGAGGGACCUUAAGAUCGUGUAUAAGAGGUGGGUAGAGAGAUUGGGAUGUGUUUAUGGGCUUGUUUGCUGUGGUUGAGUGCUCAGAGAGUAGACAUUUUCACACUCCUGUGGACAAUUCACAGACCUGUCAUUCCUGUCAUCCUGUCAGAGUGUUAUCAAAGAGACGAGGGCAUCAUGGCUGCACGCAGACUCUAACAAGAGGCUAUUAAUUUUGCCUCAUUAUAUCCUGUUGCUGUGCCAACAGACAGGCUGGCAGACUAUCUAUGAACCUGAGUGACCCAACAAGGCCAGACAAACAGCAUGCACCAGACAGUGACUUUGCACCAUUUCACAACAAUUCAGCAAUUUGUUAACAAGUUUAACAUAGAGGGUUUGAAGUAAUUGCUCAUUUUUAUUUCUGUAUGUCUGAGUUUGUUACAACAGUUUGAAAGACCCUCAUUCCAUCCCAUUCAGACAGAAGUGUCAUUUAAACUGAUCAGACAAGCCGGCUCUGUGUUUGGCAUGAAGCUUGACUUUCUACAAUACAAUACAUGGGCCUACAACACAACACAAGAACUUUAUUGGUCCCCAAAGGGAAAUUUGUUGGUGAUGGUGGCAGAGAAGAGGACUAUGGACAAACUACUGGACAUUCUGGACGAUGCCAGUCACCAUCUGCACACCGUCAUCUUCAUCCAGUGGAGCCUGUUCAGUGACAGACUGCUCUUUUCCAAGUGCGGGACCAACAGACUGAAAAACUCCUUUGUCCCUCAUGCCAUCAAACUUCUCUCUGGGGAGGAGGAGGGGUAACAGGAGGACAGGGGAUGGGAAGGAGCAGUUGUAGUAAGAGUGGAAUAGUUGUAGUAAUAGCAAUGUGCAAAUGUCCAUAGCUUUAUAUCCUACUUUUUGUAAGUAACUAGUUAAUUUGUAUGAAGUUUUAUUUUAUCUUUAUUCUUUAUAUAUAUUGCAUUUUUACUUCUUACUUAUUCGAUCAUUCUGGGGUUUUUUUGUACAUACCGAUGCUGCUGGAAUUUUGAUUGAGGGAACCUUCCUAAAAGGAUUGAUUAAGUUCAUAUAAUCUAAUCUUGUGUUAUGACUAAACAAAGAUAAUGCAUUUGUAUUCUAUCAUUCAGCAAUGUUCAGAGUGUAUCUUUUUCUCCUGAUUACUCAUGGUUGUAGUUGUAGAAGAGCCUAUCUUCAAGGUGACAUAAAUCUUAUCUAUGGUUAAAAAAGUAUUUAUUUUUUUACUGUCAAAGAUGAGCUUUUUUUUUUUUACUAUUUAUCAAUGUUUUUCUCUGUGUAUUGUGCCAAAUGAUCUGUUAUAACCACCUUAAGUUCAAGAUCAUGUCUUUAAAUUACUUUUUCUAUUAGACUUUGUCUCCAGUACACAAAUAUUUCCAAUUUUCUGUGUUAAGUAGGACCAAGCAAAGCUCCUAAAACCGUUCUUUGUGAUGCUUUUAACAUAUAUCCUAACAAAUUAGUAGUUAACAAGGUUGUUGUGUAAAAGUCCUGUUGAUUGACUGAAUUUAUUGAUCAAUUUUUGCAGCUCUGUGACUGUCCUAAUGCAUGCAGGUUUAUAUAAUUUAAUUCCUCAAACUUUGUACUGGCUCUAAUUUUGCCCUCAGGUUUCCAAAGGCACCAUUACGAAGCAAAUCAUAACAGGAACCUUCUAUUUACCAUUUUCUAUCGCUGUGCCUGCCUGCUCGCCGUAUGAGUCAGCCACAGAAAAAGUGCUGUCUCACUCCCCCUGUGCCACGAACCACUACACGACUGAGCUGAGGCUUUGGUGUUUCUGGGGAGCUUGGCUGUGCUUGCAUUCACUCAGCAAAUGAAGAUGCAGAGAACCAUUAAACAGCUCGAUAAUGAAAGAGAUAGAGAACAGUCUCAGUGGGCUUCAUUCUACAAAAUUUCAGCCGUCUCCACGUUGCCCUCCUGCCCUGCUGGUUGUUGGGGAUCAACUGACCUGCUGCUUUAUUAGCCAAUCAUCACAUGCUUAUAGAGUGCCUCAGGGAUUACCAGGGAUAAGGAAGCAUGGCAGAAUGGGGCUUAGCUCAUAUAGGCUCCUGCAUCCUGUUUCAGGCUUUUCAAUGAAUACCCUGUGCACAGAAAACAGCCAUCUUUAAUUAUAACAGAAGUGCUUUCUCAGCACUCCUGCAGUGAGCUGGGAGACACUGUAUAUCACCCUGACAUCCUCUCUAAUUGUUCAAAUGCAAAAAGUCAGCUCUUCUUCUGUUUACUUUGUAGGGCAGAAGUUGCAUUGUCACUUUGUUUGUGUUGUCGUUACGCUGAUGUAAAGUAAAACUAGCCUCUCUUGUCACCAUGCUGCAGAUAUGCCAGUUUGUAUUUCUGCUGCGCCAUAGAGGACCAGGACAACGAGCUCAUCACGCUGGAGAUCAUCCACAGAUAUGUGGAGCUGCUUGACAAAUACUUUGGCAGUGUGAGUUUCUGCACUCUUUCCAUCUUCAUUUUGUGUAUCUGUGCCCGGGUUAAAGGGAUAUUCCUGCUUAAAAUGAACUUAGGGUUAAACACACUGUAACAGAGAGUUGGACACCCCUCCAAGAGAUGAAUGUUGUAGACUACUUGCUUCUCCAGUUAUACCAACUUGAGUAAUGACCGCAUAAUAACAAUACAUAGUGGUCUAUGGCUUAACGCGCAAACCUCAGCCAGAAAGCCACUCUAUAGCCAGAAAUAAUGCUCAGAAUAGCACCUAACUUCAUCAACAGUACAUAUAGGGUCCCAGCAUUAGUACUAGCCAUCAAACAUCUUUUUAGCUUUGCCUGAUUUCUUUUGCAAAGAGACUAAACCUACCUACUCUCCUCCAGCAGUUGCUUGUUUGUAGGGGAGCCCUGACGAGGCGAUCACUAAGAGCAGCAGAGUUUUGCAGCUCAAGGAAGAACAUUUAUGAUUGUUACUUUAUGGAAAUGCAAUCAGAGUUCUUGUGUUUCUUGUCUGUCAGUUUAUAACUAUUAUCAUCGAGUGCCGGGCCAGGAAAUGAGCACAGAUGAGCAUAACCUUUUUUCAACUUCCCUUUCCUUACCUUCGUGCUGUCUCCUCACUCUUCAUGAGAUAGACAAUUGCGUUUGACUUAAUGUAAAAUCUCGUGUUUGUUUGUGUGAGUUUCCCCUGCAAAUACGUAAAGUUAAAAAUGCUCAUCUGCGCUCAUUUCUCAGCCAGCAAUAUCCCUUUAACUUGACUUGACUUUGACUUUAUUGUCCCCAUGGGGAAAUUCUUUCCACACAGAACAGUUCACACAGUGAAACACACAUUUUUACAACAGCAUUAAACCUUGAAUGAGUCCACACUGUGACCCUUCUAGUGAGUCCUUUUGUUGAGGGCAGCUAUGGCAGCAGGUACCAGGCUCUUCCCAAGGCGAGCCCUUCUACACCUCUGUGGUCUGUAUCUUCGCCCUGAGCGGAGCAGGGCAAAGUGGGUGUUUAAUGGAUGUGUAAUGUCCUGUUCUGUCCUGUGGUUGUGAUGCAUGCAAUGGCCCUAUUGUUGGGAUCUGUUAGAUUUGGUGUGGAGAGGCAGAUUAUUCUGGAAGCUGUGGUGGUUGUGCGUGUGAGUUUGGCCUUGUCUAAGUGUCUUCUUUGAUUUCUGUACAACAGGUGUGUGAGCUGGACAUUAUUUUCAACUUUGAGAAGGCGUAUUUCAUCCUGGAUGAGUUCUUGCUGGGCGGUGAAGCUCAGGAAACGUCCAAAAAGAAUGUCUUAAAGGCCAUCGAGCAGGCUGACUUACUGCAGGAGGUAAGGCUUUGGAUGAAUCAAUGUGGGGACAAUACUGGGUUCAUACUAAUGACUUUUUCUCCCCUGCUCCUGCAUCAUUAGUAAUCCAUCCUCACUCUCCACUGCAACCCUGUCAACAUUUGUGAAAUUUCAGAUCAAAGUCAGCUGGAACAGGGAGAGGGGGAGAAGGGGAUCAGAGUCAGAGGGAUGAAAUCACAAAAAAGGAUUGCUCCAUGACUUGCAUACAUGACUUUUCCCCACUUAGGUUUCCAGUUUGCAUCAGCUACCGUGCUAAUGAUUUAAGCCCAGAUGUUCCCAUAAGGCACAGUUUGCCCUUUUCAUAUGUCUGAGUACGUGAGUAAAAGUGACUAUGUUGGUGACUAUGUAUGCACCAAGACGACAGUAGUGAGACUGUGGAGAUCUUCCUUUGAAAUACCUGCUCAGGGGCUCACUUUGCAUGAUGAUGCCUUCUCCUGUCUUCAUCACUGCUGCUGUGAUCACUUGAAAGUCUGAGUGCUACGUGUUUGCUUUAAUCAGCAACAAGUCCCUGCAGUCACCAGCAGUUUUCACUUCUUCUGUGUGUGGCUGUUAGAGCUGAUGUUUGCAAAUGGGAUUUUCUUUUUUUCCAAUAACAGUCAUCAAGGUAGAAAGAGGCAAAUGUUUCAACAAAUGUUGCAUAACUGCUUUGUCACUUAUUAACUUAAAAACACGCAAAAAGCAGAAGUGCUUUUCAUUUGGCAGUGCAGUUACAGAUGUAUGUCAUUUUUUUAAAGUUAGUCAGUCAUUUUACUUAUUUGCGAAGGAAAAACAGCUACAAAACUCUGAUCUGUGAAUUUUAGUUAGACGCCUGAAGACUUUAGUCCUAAGGGAUGUGGUGCAACAGCAAGUGCAGGUUGACACUUUUGACUGGAUGAGUCUGCUUACAUUACACGGAAUUUAUCAGAGUUUAAUCUUUGAUAAUGUAAAAAUAAUCAGACAGAUAUUUUGUUCUUCAGCAAAAGCUCACAGUUAUCAGUUUUUUAUUCAUUAGUUAUCAAUUGGAUGGGAAAUAUUUUGUUAAAACCUAUGAAUAUUGUUUACUAAAAAAAAUCUAGUUUACAGUUUUUUAAAGGUGAAUAUUUUUAGUGCUCUUGACAGUAAUCAUUGAGAUCAAGUCUUCCCCUCAGGACCUCAUCAUGGACUCUGGACACAUUUGAAUUCUUUACUAAAGCCUAAUAAUAAAUCAAAGAAACAAUUAACAGAUUCACUGACAAUGAAAAUAACCACACAGACUUAUUCAUAAAUGAGAUUAGAUUUAUGGUCUUUAUUAACCUCUACAAGGAGCAGUUGAGAUUAAGUAUUAAAUAAAAAUCCAAGGAAUGUCAGCAAUAUACUUAUGAAUGUUUAAAUAACAUUAAAUAUGCACCAUGUACUUUUUUGUGAAUUAAAAUUUUUGUAAGAUUGGUUUUUGCACAGAGAAAUUGCAUCAGCUUUUUGCAACACACACAGUGAUCGGAAUAAUGAUAUGUUAAUGUAAUGCUCUAGUCUAGAUUAAACAGUAAACAUAAAGUUAAUACAUCUCAGAUUCACCUGGAAAAGGAGAGCCAUUGGCAGUGAAUUUGGCAUCAUUUGGAUAAGACAGUAUAACUGACUUUUUCAUUUGUAAAAUUUGUGUGAAGACACUUAUAGUACAGGACUCAGUACAGGAGGGGUGGACUCCAUCAUCCACCGUUUCUGCACACUGAUAGGAUUCCUUUCUUCAUCCUCUCUCACUGGCUUCUUUCCCGCAGAUAUAAUUUUUUCCUUUUUUUUGCUGCAUGAUUUUACUGCAGUAAUUUAUGUAAGUCUUUGUCCACAAAUGCUUUACAAGGUUUUGGAUGUCUUAUGAUUUCUCCCUGUACAAUGCUUUGUUGUCUUUUUAAUUUGCUUGAUCUUGAUCCCUGCUGACUCCUUUCUCUUAUUGCCUUUUUAUUCUUUGUUAUUUUGAUUUAUAGAAUAUAGACUUUCAGAUGCGCCUGUUCUCAGGUACAGUUUAUACAAACAAAGGAAACUAACACUUUCUGUAGUUUUAGAUCUGUAGAUGUACAGUAGAUUCCCAAACAACCCUGUAGAGCCAGUUUAAACAACACACCAGUAACAGCAAUAUUUCCAGUGUCAGGAAAACAUAGGGGAUGUUGAAGUUCCCGAUCUGUUUUCUGUGUCAUAUCCACCCUCUGAUGUUAGCAAUCCAUAAGACUUCAGCAGCUCAUCUACAUGAACACAGUUCAUAAAAGAAAAAGAAGUAUGCAUUAUUCAUUUACAUCUGCUGAGAUAUCGAGUAAAGAGCCCAUAUUUUGUUACAAAUAUCACUGAACUGUAACACUGACUGGUUCGAUGGUUGCAGAAACUGGAGCUCAGGUUUCAGCUCAGAAACAAAGACUCAUUGUCUGCACCGCUGAGACCGCACACAAGCCCAGCCUGCAUUACCAUUUCAUUUACAGAGAACAUGAUUACAGUAAUUUACCGUGGUAUAACACUGUGUCACUGUUAUCUAUCCAGCACCUGUUUCAGCCAACAAGAAGCUCUCUGCCUUUUCAGUCAACUCAUAUCAUAGAACAAAACCAAGAGCUGAAAUUGAUCAGAGAUCUUCACUUUGUAGUUACAGGAAAAAGAAAAAAGUCUGUCAAUGCAGAAACCUGUUUUUACGUUUUUAGGUAUUUAUAUAUGCAACAUACAAAAAGCUUUUCAAUUGAUCCUGCUGAGGUCCUCACCAAACAGCCCUGAUUCAGGCAUUUGACAUUUAUAUUCCUGCCAACGUAGGUCCUCUAAAAACUCUUAUUUUUGCCACUACUGGGCUCAGAUUGAUACAGCGUCCGACAGCAGUGCAUAAUAUCAGUUACUGGUCUCAUGAAUCACUUAUUAUUAGUUUUGGCCCUGAAAAACCAAUAUCAAUUGACCCUUUCUCGUGAAUUCUGCCAGUUUUUUUUUCUUUUUUUCAGAGGCUUUGAGGAUAAAAAUAUGUCAGCCUGCCAUCUGUGGUUUUAAAAUUAUGAACUUACUUCAAAAAAGGUCUCACUGCAGAUCUGUCAGAUCAGAUUAUGUAGUCACACACUUCACUUCCUGUCUUGCGACUACUAACUGAAGCCAUUUCAAAACAUUUGUUCCUAAAACCUGUUUAGACUCAAAAAUGUGUCAAAACAGGGCCAGGCUUUAACAAUCCAGGUUUCCCCUUCACUGAGUUAUUAUAGUCUGUUACAGGAAAGAAGCUUUAUUAUUGAGCCGCUAUUUUGAGAGACUACAUGAGUUAAGUUAAAGAAGUUAGAGAAGACUCUUUCAUACAGCAUUUUUUCCUUUAAUAUGCCAGAAAGAGGCAGCAAUGCACAGCUUUAAUUUUUGGCAUCAGACAGUAGUCGAGUGCAGACCUCGUCACUGUCAGCAGGUGAAUGGGUUUGCUGUAUUUGUUUUUUCAACAUUUAGUCAGUUAUUGAGCCAAAAGCCUACUGCUAAUGAGUUCUGGGGAGCAAAUCAGGCCACUGCUGACAAACCAUUAACAUCCAGAGAAGAAAAGAGAUGUCAGCUUAAGAGAAUGCUAACACUGAUAAUGUUUUGACCAGGAACAUCACAACAGACUUCUUAUAAGGGCUCUAAAAACAUGGACAUGGUAAAGUUUAUUUGGAAACACUGCAGAUGAGUAGCUUUAAUGCUGCUAAACAGAUCAAACAGAAGAAAACCGAUGGAGAGAAAGGCCAAAUACUUAAAUAUUUCCAAGCAUGUUCCCUGGUACAAAGAGUGUGAAAUGAGCCAACACUGACCGAUAACGUACCUACAGUAUGAAGCUGCUCAUUUAUAGGCCAGCAGGACCAUUAGGUACCCAUACUCCUGAGAGUAAAAUGUACUGUCAUCUAAUGGUAAGUGUUCAGUGUGGGCUGUCACACUGAAGUGAGUGAAGGAGCUGUUUUUAACCUAAUAGUUGGUAUUCCCACUCAGACAGAAAUUGGGUCAAAACCUCAGAAGUGGCAAUCCACAUUUACCCCGAGAGAGAAAGAUCUCUGAUUGGCUCAAUUCUCUACUCAGAGUGAAGACUGGGGGAGUUUGCCAAAUGAGGAGCUCUUAUAAAGGCUGUAGACUCCAUUCAUCUAUGUGUCCAUCCAGGUGACUGGUAACUACAGUCAGCAUGAGUUUGGGUUUCUGUGUGCUGUGGACUUUUUUCUGCAUGUUCUUCUCACAGUAUUUCUUUGAUACAUACAUUUAUUGCAAUUUAUAAAGGUUGUAACAGGCAUGAGUUAGCAUUGAAUGGGUUUAAAUCAUGUCCAAUUCUCUAACCAAAGGAAAACCUGUUUAUUUCAACCCCUUGAAAAAACCAAAACCAGUGCUGUGUAAAUAUGUCCAGUCAGCUUGUUCCUCUGCUCCCAUAAUGCAUAGCUCAAGUUUGAAAAUGUUGUGACUUCAAACAGACAGUAACUCUUGCUUCUAGCUCCACAUUAUUACUGUGUUAAGUGCAUCAUUCUGAUUAGUCAUUACAGUCUGUUGUUACUCAAUAGCAGACCACUGCUGUCAAGAACAAACUUUUGCUAUGGGUACAGCAUCAAUCACAGUCUCUUGAGGAUAAACUGUAUUUUGAGUAUUUGAUGUCAGUUUCUAAUUCCAGUGGAAAAUGGGAAAAAGACAAGAGAGGUAACGGGCCUGUGUCCAUUGACAGCUUUUCUUUUUAAUUGGCAGCACCCUCCGUGAUCUUGAGUUCUCACCUGUGCCAUUAUGGCUCAUAUAAUGUAAAUGAUUUUUUCAGUGUGAUUAGAGCUGGACUUGUAAAUAUGUUAACCCUGUAAACAUGUUUUUUGACGAAAGUAUUCUGUCAUACUAACAUACCUAUUUAAUAGAAAUCUUGUCAUUGCAUUGGCUGUGGCUUCAGACAUGGAAAUUGUACCCUCAAAAGACAAGUGUGGUCCCCUUUUUCACUCCAUAUAGAAAGCACUACUGGUUUUAACAAAGGAGCUGUCAGAAGUCCUGCUGCGUUUUUGAUUUCGACUGGUCAUUGAUGGAGAAAUGGCAUUGUCAAAUUCAAAUGCUAGGCUCUGACAAUGAAGAACAACAUUGGAUGUGUAUAGAAAAAAGGCCCUGCGACCACUUUAAAAACACCUAUAGUGGAAAUAGGCCCCAAAGACUCUUUAACUACAAGCUGCUACAAAAAUAAUGACCAAAUUAAAGGUGGCCCACUCACCCAACAUGAUCCUUUACUGAUUUCACAGCCCUGUGGUUGGCCAUUCCAUAGGUUAGAUUAGAUAGAACUCUAUUAAUCCUUUUGAGAAGGUUCCCUUUAGGGAAAUUAAAAUCAAACACAGCAACAUUUCAUAGCCAUGGUCAGUUAUUUCUUGUUCGCAGACCAUUGCGAUGAAGAAAAGACUGUUCUUUAUAGAAAGACGGAAGUUAGAGUUGCUGCUUGGCUAGAGUUUGGGGCACAUACAAAGUGAGUGCCUCUGGUAUUAAGGCAUUAGUAAGCACACUGAGCAGUGAUUAUACAGAAAACAUACCACAGGGGAUUUAGCUGCAGUUAUUUUAAUAAGCCUUUAAUGAAACAUUUUUCAGAAGCCGGACAUUACUGUGGGGCCAGUAAGCUGAUCUUUCUCGUAACACCAAUAGCUCAGAUAAUUUUAUGCUCAGCUCAGCUUUGUGAGCCAUCAGAGAUACACAGAACACAGAUGUCCUCAUUAUAGAGCACACUGAUUGUUAUGUUGUUCUCCUGAGCACGUACUGUAGUGUAGAUACCAUAGUUAGACUCUGUAGAGACCCUUCAACUCCAGUGGGGUUUGAUUUUUCUAUUGUUUUGUUUUGUUUGUUCACUUUUGAAAUGUUUACCUCACAGGUGUGAUGGUCCCCAAUAUGGUCUCUGAGUCCUCUGGUCUUUUCCAGACUUAGACCAGCUGAGGUGAUCUCUCUGUGUCUGUGGAUUUAUUGGUAGAGCCCCCUGGUCAGAACUUGUCCCCCAGUUGUCUGUAUCAGUCUGUCUGUGGCUUAGCUCCCAUUGGUCUAGACCACCCUCAUGGGCUUGUAUCAGUAGUUACUCUCUCCACAGCUGACCUCACAUGUUUGUCCUGAAAACAGUGUGUCACUGUUUGUGUUCAUUUUUAUCUUUGUGUAACAUUUUAUUCACACUGUUUAAUGUUUAGUAAAUCACGUUUCUGCUGUUUGGGUGACAGAACCUUUAACUGUUUUCUAUGAAAUGUGCACAAAAGAACACAGUGCACUCAUCAAAAUAUAACAAAUGCAGGUAUUAUCUGAUUCUAAUCAUCAAUAGUUUCACUAUUCGAGAAGAAAAUUACACUUUUCAGUUUUUUUCUUUUUUUAAGGAUAGGGAGAGGUAAGGUUAAACCCUUAUGGUACCCUUGGAGGACUUUGUCCUUGACCACUGUGCCAUACAAAGCCACAUUCACAACCUGUACAGACUAAAAAAAAUAAAUAAAUAAAAAAGACAUAUCCGAGAAAUUGCAGCAGCGACAUCACCACCACAGGAAGUUCUGGUGUGUAAAGCUGCAAGGAGCAUUUUCUAAAUUCAUUUAAGUUAUCAGCCAAUCAGUUAGUGCCGCUUAAAAAGAAAUGUGAUCUCAGGAGGAACAAAAAACAGAGCUAGAUUUCACUGUGUCAUAUUUUUUACAAAAUCUCAACAUCAGUCCCUCAUGAGUGUUGUAUUCUUAAAGUAGCAGUAGAAGGGAAAUCUUCUUUUUAGGUAAACAACUUGAACAGAAUCAGACUCACUUGUGGACAGCCAUCUGCUGAGGUGGGUUUGGUUUUAAAAAGAAGGAAAGACUUUAUACAGCAACACCAGCUUUCAAAUUUUACACAAGGUAAAGACAAUCUUACUGGUUUAGGUUAUAAAACAAGUUUGGGGGAUUUUUUGGGCCGUGUUUUGAACUAGAAAAGCUGGUCACUGAUAACAAUUAAAGGUAGAAGAAAGGAGUCAAACCUGAAGCUCCUGUGUUGAGAACUUUGGCCUCUGUAUUUGGAGCAUGCUCUUUAAUCACUCAGUUUAACCAGAACCCCACCUUCAAAGUCCUGAGAAGCAGUAUUGUAUUUAUUUAAAUUGGGAUUACUUAGGAAUAAAAGUCCAAUUAUCAUGUGAACAGACAGUUUACAGGAAUAAACUGUGAUUUAUAUCUAAAAAAAAAAAAAAAAAAAGAUUCUAAUAGCUGUUCUGCACCCAAUUAAAUAAGCAGACUGGUCCAGUGUGUUCUCUGUAAACUUAACAAGAAGCGAUAAAAGGAGACAGGUGGAUUAGCUUAAUAAAAGGGAAGAAUAAGUCGAACAACAACAGUUCAAAAGUGUGUCCGGGAGUGUGUUGAAACUUUAAAAGUGGAACUGUCCCUUUACUACACACAGUCAGCUUACUAGUGGGUGUCAUGUGUCCUAAGGGAUCCUCCAGCGUGCUGCACUGUCUCCUGCAUGUCCUGUGAAUGAAGUCUGUGUACGAGGCAGUUGUUCUGACUGGAUGUUGUGUUGUUUUCUAAGCUGUGUGUUUCUCUCCCUCAGCCCCGUCAUGAGUACUUUAAUGUGCCUGUGUACUGAAUGACCUCCAUCACUGCUGCUGCUGCUGCUCCUGCUGCCGCUGCUGCUGCUCUACACCCUGCAUGCUGAGUCCCUCAGUGCCUGGCACCUUUCUCUCUGCACUCUCAACACCUAUCAUUGUCAUUGUCCUGAGGAUGUGAAAAUGCUCUGAGCUUUCUUUCAGUUUGGCACAUGUCAGUUACGGUUUGAUAUUAUCACAGUUUUGAUAGUAAUAUGAAAACCCUAAAAAAUAUAGUCUGGAUAAGGAACUUAUCGGAAACAGAGAAAAGAGAGAUCAGUGCUCUGUUACUGAAAGUUACAUCAUCUUGUACAGAAGUUACUCCCCAGAUUGUGUCUUAAUUGUAUUUCCAACAUACAUUUAUAGUGAUAUGUUGUGACUGCUGCUGUCAUCUGCCCUCUAAUGGUUUGAUCCAUUGCACCAUUUCAACACCUGUGCUUUUUUUCCACCCUCAUGACCUAUCAAUAUGUUUAAACCACAAAUUUGCAUCAAGGGGUUCAAGAAAUGCUCAAAAACCAAAGCUAACUUUGGCUUCUACAUGUAACCCAAGCAGAGAUCCUACCUGAGCCUAACCACGUUUGGUUCCUGAACCUCCACAUAUGGAUAGAUUUAAGGACAGAUUAUUGAUCAGGCUACAUUUAUAGCAAUCAGAGUCUUUGGGCUCAAUAUGAUUAAAUGAAAGUUUUCUAGGUUAUCAUCUAGACAUGACAAUGAGGUCUUUACUUCUUUUCUGUUUAUUCAUGAGUCUGAGGUCGUGAAAGAAAGUCUGCUGCCUGUGUGUUCACAAAUGUGUCUGUGUUUAUGUACAGCUCAUACUCCUACACAGAGGCUAUUUUUUCUUUGUUAGAUGUCAUGCUCAAGGUGGAAUGUUUAAGGGUUACUCCCUCAAACUGCUUUGGUCCAGACUGUAAGUCAUAUGAAUGCCGAAAAUCUGAACAUUUUUUACUGUUUUACUAGUUGAUAAGACACUGCAAAGACAACAAAGAGUAACAAAUCGGACAUUUUAAAGAUAUAAAAUAUAUUUGAUUGAUUAUGAGCUGCCAGCAGUACACAGAUAACUUUCACAUUCCUUACUAAUAUUUAUGUUCAUAAGCAAACAGUUGUCAAAAUGUGUAGUCUGUCCGUCAGACUUGUUGAAAGAUAGGAAACACUCAGAAAACUCUCAAAAUAGAGCACAAUUUACGAACAUAACUAAACACAGGAUUACAGAGUCUGCAGGUGAACAAUAUCAAACUGGUCUGUGUUCACCUUAGCAGAGCUAGCAUGAUCUAAUCUAAUCUGUACUGGUUACACAUUAAUGCAGAUAAGUGGUUUUAUACUAUUUUAUAUCAUAAUGUCCAUUUGCUAAAUCAAAAUACUGACAAAAUAUGCUGCAUCAUGAGAUAUCAUCUGUGCUUGUUUACAUCUGUGAGCAUUAGAGCCUUGUGGAAGCAGCCAGAAGAUAUAGUUAUGGAGACUAGUGACAAGUGUCUGCACAGUAGGACCUGCAUUUCAGGUCUACUCUAACAUUAUUGAUCAUUUAUGUGAUCAGCUAGAUAGGUAGUAAACUGUGGAUGUCCAUCAGCUUCUAAUAUAGAGUUCACGGUGUAGCUCUCUUUCAAAGCUCUCCUGUUGUAUUUUAAAGUUAUUUUUUCACCAGUGAAACAGUUAGGUGGGUUAAUUUUCAAUGUUUGCACAAGUAUGUAGAUUAUUCAGUUUGCUGACCUCUCCAGUAGUCCAAACAGUGAUGCUACAGCUCAUGUGGUCUUCACAUUAGCAUUCAUAAUUGCAGUGACAGGAUAGAUGCUGCUGGCCUUAAGCAAAGGUGAUAAAAUUCUCAAUUCAGUUCUAGCAUCCUUUUGAAAUCCUUUUGGGGACCCUGGCAAAAUGAACAGUUUAUUUGUGGAUUUGCUUGAAACACAAUGACAGGUUUCUCUUCUGUCUAUUGUUUUUCACUCAGACUUAACUGUGUUCAAACUUCACACCCUGAGCAUGACGUCACAAGAAAAUGUUUGUCAUAACCUCAAGGCACUAGUUUUUUUUACGUCAACACUCUCAAAGCACGUCACAUAACACACUUUAUGGAUACCUAGAUUUUUCUGCUAGUUGAACGCAGACCUCAGGUUUGUCUUCAAUACUCUUCAGUUUUUAUUUUGUCCUAGAAAUUCUCAUGCAACCAGUAUUUUUUUAUAUUUUACGGUCUGCUUGUUAGUGUUGUUUUUGUGACUAAAUACUAGCCACAAGAGAGGGUGACUGCAAUAGAAAUCACAUGUUAACUAUCCUUUCCUCACUGGGGAGGUAUCAGUCAUAUUUCAGUUAAGGUUUCUCUUAAUACUGCAUGUGUUUUAAUGGUACCUGCUGAUCUUUAUUUGGGUUCUGAAGUUGUUGUUAUGAUUAAAAUCUGAAAAAGUCAUAGUUAUGCACAGACUGAAAAUUUCUUAAAAGUUUCUUAUGAUCUCUAAUCUAUUUCCUAUUGAAAAGACAGACUGUUGUGAUACAGAUAUUUUAUUAUUGUAUUUAAUAGAUUUUAAUGAAUAAAUUGUUCAUGAUUUUUUUGCCAAUCAUGCUCACAGGUGUCUUUCUUUCCUGCAGCUUGUUUCCCCUGUUUAUGAUGAGUUCUCCAUGUGUAUUUAGUUUUUUUUUUUUUUUAGUUUUUUUUAUUUGACAAACUUGGCAAUCAAACUUGACAGCCUCUCCUCUGAGAGCUGCUGAGCUCGGUUUGUUUAGCUCACAUAAUAAUAAGUAAUUCCAACAGAAACCACCCUGAGAGUUAAAAUCUAUAAUUGGUGAGUGGUUUAAAGUUGAGUUUGCUCUGAAAACAAAGUGAGACUGCAGAAGUGUCACUGUGCAGAAGCAGGUUGUUUUUCUGUCUGCUGCUCUGAUGCGACUCCUCUCUUUACUUUGUGCUGAACCUUGUUUUAGGAUGCCAAAGUAAGUGCUUCUCUUUCUUUCUGCCUCACAGCUGCUCUUCUGCUUUAUAGUGUCUGUGUUGUUUUUAUGAUUUGUGACACGUUGUGUUGGGUGCACCAUAAAACAAGAGUUAUACCUUUUAAAAAAAAUGUGGAAAUAAACUCUUCACAGAACGUUUUGUUUUUGCAAAGACAUUAAUGAUGGCUGCUCUACGUUAAAACCUGUACUGUGAAGCUUUGGAUGCUGACACACACUGAAAAGAUGAAGCCAUCAUUUAAGUUUUUGUUCAAUCCUGAGCUUUUCCUGCAAACUGUUUGCCAUGAAAAGUGUUGUGAAUUUCUGGUCAUCUAUAUAUUAAUUUGCUGUGUUUUUGUGUAUGCACGUUAACAUUUAAGAUAUUUACUGAGACAGAUUGAACAAAGAAUUGCAACUUUAAAUCUGCCUUUAUUAACACAGUAUUUGGAGGUGGAAUGAAACUAAAACUUUAAGUCCUUUUCACAGCUUGUACCUUUGAGUGUCUGCAUGAAAAACAGCAUGCUUUAAGCUUAUUUUAGCAUGAAUCCAGCUGCACAUCAUUACACACUAAUAAACUGAUGACCCUGUUUUUUGUGUGUAUGUGCAAAACCACAUAUGUGUUGCAAUGUUCCUGCUAUAAGUCAUGCUGUUCCUCUGAUCAGCAUUUGAUCACAGUUACGCAUGAACAAUCAUAGCAAUACAUUGCAAAGAAGCAUCAAUAUGUUGUAUAUAUAUAUAUUUAUAUAUAUACUUCAAAAAUGUUUUCAUUCAAACUGUUGUACCCAGACUGAAAAUGGGUUAAAAAGAUACAGCUGUUAAAUAUCUCUCCACUGUAGUGAGCGCAAAUGAGUAAAUUGAUUUCUAAGAACGGGUCACAGGUAUGAAUGUAAAUAUAAGACGAGCUUUUGUCCUCAAAAUACAUCUGCAAAACAAAAAACUAGUUUUCAGCAAAUAAACUCUGUUUUUGCAACAUCUAGGAGCUUUUGAAUCCGCCGGAAAAGGUCACUUUGUGUUUUCAGGGACUGAAAAUCCCUGAAAACACAAAGUUAAUCUGUGAUGAUUUGUGCAUAAAUUUUAGUAAAUAUUGUUAUUUUUGUUGUUUGCCAACUAUGAUAGACGGAGGCUUCCAUCUUUGUUUUUGUCUCUUUACCAAUCAAAGGCUGCAUGUGCAAUAUUGAUCUGUAAUGCUCUAGUGAGAGGCCAGAGCAGUGUUAAGACGAGCGUCACGGUUAGUCUACAGUUUGGGUAAGGAAGGAUAGAGCUGCUCAAAAUGGAUUCACCCUGUUUAGCCGAUUCUUGUAUGAAUAGUUCUUUGCUCUUUCUGUGUACCAAUACUUGAGCGCUUCAUUUAAACAUCAUGCUUGAAAACAUCAACUCCUUUUAUUCAUUUGCAUGUUAUGUUAUUUUUUGUGAUUAUGAUUGAUUUCUACAUAAAAGCAGUCUUUCCCAAAGUUUGUCCUCAACAAAGGGUGGUCUCAUAUUCCAGUUAAUACGGUAAUAAGAGCUUGGAGGUUCAGUUCUGAGGCUGUUUGCACAGAGCUGUCACUGUUACUCUCAGACAUUACGCCAUCAAAGAUGUUGCCUCACUGUGUGUCUGUGUCAGUUUUUAUUUCAGUAACACUGUUGUUGCUGUGUGAACCUACUAUAGUCAGUGUGUGUGUGUGUUGUGUAACUCGGCCCUCUGUAGCUGUGGUUCAUGUCUCCCUCCGCAGGAAGCAGAGACCCCACGCAGCGUGCUGGAGGAAAUUGGACUCACAUAAACGCCGCUCUUCUCCUCUUCAUCCACCCAUCACUCACUCCUCCAUCUGCCACCCGGAUACUCUGCUGUAUUUUCCCUGAAGGAGCUCCACUUCACCUCUGAGCACUCACACACACAUAAACACACACACACAUGCACACACACACAUGCACUACUUCUUUUUCUCUGACUAGAAUGAUGUAGCAUUGUUUGGGCAUUCCCUCCUCAGUUAUCUGUCUGUUCAGCCUGUUGAUGUUUACUCUAACAAAUGAACAAAUUCAACAUCAUGACAUAUUUUUAUUUACAGAGUUUUAAGACCACAUCACAAUGCUGUAUUGAGCGACCAGCUUGAUUUUAAAUUGACCACUUUAUUCUGUGAAGUAUAACCUAUUUAUGAAACUUUAUUUAACAGAAUUUAACAUGUGCUAGUUAAACUUGUAAAAUAGGAAAUACUGUAAAGGGAAGUCAAAAGUAUUACAUUAGCUGAACCAAAGAUUUCAAUCACAUCUCUUCAGUGUUGCAUUGUGAUGAUCAUGUCCACAGUUAAUUCGAUAUACACUUACUGUCACUUACGCUGUAAAACACCACUGCAGUCUGAGAGGAAACAACUGCUGAUGACAUGGCAGCAUAUUAUAAAUCAUGUUAUGGACAUCCUCUCAGUUUACAGGCCAGAAUCACUUCUAUCACCAGUCAAAAUGUCCCUGUAAGGUUGUACAUUUAUCAUAUUGAUACAUAUGAUGUGUAUCUACAACCGUUAGAUGCAGCAUCUCACCCCAUACACAGACGGAGCGGUGUGUUCUCUACAAAGCAGUGAAAAUAUAUACUUUGCCUUCUUUCGGUUUGCCCGAGGAGAAGCAUGUAAACGGUGAUUAAGAGGGGACUCAGGAUAGAUCCCUGGGGUACCCAAAGAGAGAGGAGCACAUGAAGAAGCAUUACACUGUAUAGCAUAAAUCAUCCUUUCUUUGUUUUCAGUAGUAAACUUUAGUCAAUCCUGAGUAUUUCAGACUGAGCCAACUCUGCUGGAUCUGCUGCCUAAUCAUCCCACACUGUAUAAAUCCACAUUUAACACAAAGUAUGGCAUGUUAACUACCAUAAAAUAUACUACUGUGACUCUAAAAGCAUAUUAGUGCUAAAGGGACCAUGCAUGAAACAACAAUAAUGUCACAAACCGUAGCUAACCAUUGAGAUUUUUUUAAGAGGGCAGUUUUAAACCACUUUCUGAGAGUGAAAAAUAACAUCGCCUGGGACACCAAACUGUAAAAAUAUCAAUUAUAGCUUCUUUUGUAUAUUUUGUUGCACUGCACACUAUUAAUGACCAAAACGUCAUGUAUUUCUCCUUAGCAUUUUUGCAGCUCCUGUUCAAGCGAUGAAAUGCUUCAACCGUUUUUGUUGUUUCAUUUCCAGUACUUUAAAUUCUCAUGUUGAAUUGAAUCUGUAUUUUAUGCUGUAUCUCAGAAAUGUGACUGAUAAAUGGAUGGCUGUCCCUGCAGUAUGUUGAUGUGUACAUAUCAGUGUGGUAGCUGAGGCAGGUGUGGAGCCUGAGUUUCACGUUACUGGACUUGUGUUUACAUGUAGAGGAUGCAUUUAGGUUUGAUGUAUUCCUGUCAAGUUCAGCAAUAAAGAGAGUGAAAGCUUGAGUCCUGGGACUUAUUUUUGGCUCAUUA